AUGGCGGCCUUUGCGAUUUUGUGGUCGCUCGUGGUGUCCCAGGAGGCCUGCGCGGCAGAGCAGUGUGGUUUCAAGGGUGGGUCCAACACUGUGUCUAAAGAUGUGGCCUCCAUGGUCCAACUCAAUGUUGGCCAGUCCUCCAGCAUUAACACGAUGGCCCAACUAAAGAAUGGCGGCUAUUCCUUGGCAGCAACAGGCAUAAGCUGCGAGCAGCACUGCAAUGACAACAGCUGUAAUGCGGCAAUGACCAACAAUGCCACUGAAGCCGACCUGGAAGCCCUGGCUCCUGGGUGCGUGUUUUACACGCUUGAUUCGCGAACUUAUGCUCCUUUCAUCAGCUACCUGUACUCCGCCCGCCCCCUAUGCUACGCAAACGGCGAUACAUCAACUACGUGCGCUGCAACAGCAGAUGAAUACUCCAAACGAGUCUGCUACUGCGGGGCUGGUGGAGGUGGUGAAGGUGAUCCCCAUAUCCACAGCUUGCGGGGAGCCCAUUACACCUUGCUGCAGCAAGGCUUUUUCGUCGCCUGGAACUUCUCCAAGGCUGUGCCAGCAUCAACUGUGCCAAGUGCAGCUCCAGCUCGUGGGUGGCAGCUCCUGGCCGCCUAUGCAGGCCAUCGCUUCACCACGCAAGGCCUGCUGCUUUUGGAUCCCCACUCCGGGCAGUCCAUGGAAAUCACAGCAGAAGACUGCUCUUGGCGUGUCAAGGAGCAGAAAACCCCAUGGCGCAAGGCGCAGGUGGAGUUGCUAUCGGCAGAAGACGGGACGACCAGCCUCCAAGUGAAGAGGCUGCACGAGAAACUGGGCGAAACCAAGAUCUUGAGGUCUGCAAUCCUGUUGCAGAUGGGGUUAGGGUCCGACAUGAAGAACAUCUCAACCCUUGUGGUCCAUUGCAGGCCAAAGCAUCACCUGGACUUCAAGAUAAGCAUGUUCCAGAAGAGCGACAUCGACCAUGUGGGUGGUGAACUUGGAGUGGCUCCAGACGUAGACCACAACUACCACUUCUUGUUCAGCAAACAGGGCAUGAUGCGAAUGAGAGCAGACCAAGAGUUUAAGGCACCUGGAUCGUGGGUGACCUUGGGUGGCAGCCCAGCUGGGGCCGCAUACUUGGAGAAGAAACACCAAACAGGGACAAGUAUGGUGCAGUCGCAGGGUUGCAGUGAUGCUCAGGAGGACGAUGCUAGAGCCAUUUGUUCGAAGCACCUCCAGCAAACGACUCACCCGGAGACGUUUGCUGAUUGUGUGUACGACUUAUGCCAUGGAGGUGAUGAAUCUUUCGCCCAAAGUGCGGCAGCAUUCCUUUCGGAAUCCAGCGCCUGAUAAACUUUAGGCACGAAAGCAAGCCGCCGCAAAUGGCUGGAGUGCUGGGAUGCUGAACGCAAACGCGUGUACGUCCCAAAGAAGAAGUGAAAAGACUACAUUUGCCUGGCCGCAUACGAAACGGGAUGUUUUUGAAUUAAACACAAAGAUUUUUUGAAACGAUGAACAUCAGUAAACGCAUUGUAAACAGGGGGUUGAUGUGACCCUGAUGUGACCCGGUCGCAUCGGCUCGUGCCUUGCGGGAAUACAUGUUUCCAGUCACCUGAUGUGACUAAAGUUGCUGAGAGUACCCAGGACAAACAGUCUGUGCUGAUGCAAAAACGCGUUGGUUUUUUUCCUGCUGCUGAACUUUUGCAAUCUGCAUUCCAAGCUUCACUGCCCGGCUUUCCAACAUCAAACAAACGUAGCAUUCCCAAACUUUCCUGCAAUGGGCAACUUUCGGCAAUCUCGAAAAGAACAAUUCGACUUUUUUGUUCACUUCGACACCCGGUGGCUGAGGUUGAAGUUGAAUGCCAUUAGCCAGGCAUCCGGGCGCGGACGCGGAGGGUCACCCUGUUUUUAGCUUCUUUUUUCCGGUGAAAAAUGGACGACCAACUAAGAAACGAUAUGAAACGAGUGAAUGCACAAGUAUUUAGUGAAUUGGUACUCCUCAUUGUAUCAAAUUGUAUCCGACUCCAUUCUUUUGUUUUCACCAUCGAACCAUCCCCAAGUGCUUCCAAAUGGCACGGCAAUGGUGCUUUUUCAUUGUUUUUUCAGACGUCAAUGUGGAGACGCCAUUGUGUCACCAUUGCAGGUAGGCUACAGAAUCGUUGGAAUGUUGGGAUCCCAAUGACAUGCCCUGUGUCAGUGAAAAGUGACGGGGACAAUCAUUGGCUUAGUAAAUGGGGAUAUUUAACUCAUCUGGUAUAUUUAUGAGUAUUUAUGAGAUUUAUAAUAUGAUACAUUAUGGCAUGUAGAUCUUUAAUGGUGUACACUACAAUAGCUGUUGUUUACCCCGAUCGGAUUUGAGCCAUCCCCAUAUGUAGGAUAUCAAUUCUAAUGGUGAGAGAAUAGGAUUUAAUAGGGCUUGAACCAAGCAAUGUCUGGGAUAUUGUGGGAUGUACAACCAACACCAUGUCUUAGAAUACGGAAAUUACAUCCAUGGAACAUGGCAAUCUAGUGGGGAAAACGGCGCUAAUUGAUGUUAUGGGCAUGUUUAUGGAAAAUAUGAUGAUGAACACCAUUGAAUUACCGGUCUGGCCCAUUUUGCGCAAAGCCGGCUAUCUUUCGAAUCUUGUGGAAAAAAAUAAAUUAAAUACUUUUCUUCAACACAUUCGUCUUGCAUAGACACUGAGAUAUCUCCAUGUUCCUUGAAGAAUCCAACAUAUGCCCUCCGGUAAUCAAGAAUGGCAAUGGAAAGUCCUGAUUUUCUCGAAAUUCCAGCGCGAAACCUCAAUCACAGUAUUUCCCAGCCAUGCUUGAUGACCAGAGGGUAGCCAUGGGUUGUGCAUGGGCCCCUUGCGGCCAGGCGACGAAAAAGAUGCGUGACGACUGCCACUGUCAUCCGUUGAUCAUGAUUCUCCCAUGAUAUCUGCCAUUUAUUUUGAGG